AUGAGGUAUGAAAUAGUGUUUACUGUUGGGCUGUUUGUGACUGUUUUGUCUCCCUCCUUUCAGGGCGAUUUGGAUGCGGGGAGAUGGACAACAGAGUCGGUUGACUGGAGUGAGAUUACGGACUAUAUCGGUGACGGCUAUAAGUACCAUAACGUUGGCGAGUUCGAGACACUGUGCAAGAUUUACAGAAUUACGCAAGCAGAAGCCCCACAACCUUCCUUUAAGAAUCGUGAAAAGGAGGGUGAGAUUGUGAAGAAGUUGGAGGAAAUGGUCAGUGAGGCAGAAGCUGCGGGUGCUAAUAAAGGUUCCAAUAAAUCAGCUAAGAGCACGACGGCGUAUCAGAAUAUAGAGAAACUGUUUGAGAAGGCGAAAGCGCUGAAGGAAGAAAUGGAAAUGAAUAGGACGAAAGCCUUGAAUGCUGGUCGGUCUGCUGAAGAAAAUAUGCUGAGGGCUGUGUAUGGCGAUGCUGUGGAUGUUGCAAGAAAUGAGAAUAAAACUCUGGAGCAAGCCAUGAGGGGAAACAAGUCACUGCUGUUCAAUAGUAUUGAUAAUGCAGGUACGAGUUGCGGUUCUUAUGGAGACAAGUCAGUUGGAAAGACGUUAAUCAAUGACUUUUUCUGUCUAUGUGUGGGAGAAGCCAUUGUUAUAACUGAAGAGAUCAAAAGGAAAGAAAACCUUGAAGAGGAUGGAGGUAAUAAUAAUAUAUAUAAUGGGUUCAAUUGUCCUUGUAGAGAUGAAAUAAGAAGGCCGGAAAAUGGUAACUGGACAAUGAUGGCUGAACAUUGCGAUGGGGACGGGCGAAUUUGUGAUCCUGCAAAAAUAAAAUACAACCACACUGAGGCAUGGGAUGUGAUUAGUAAAGCUUGUGUGUACAAAAAUGUUGCAUCGAAUGUGAAAACCUUAAAGAGUGCACUAGCUCAGUUUGAUGCAUUAGUGAAUUUGGAACAGGAUGAAUAUCAGGUGAAGGGUAUUUUUGGUUAUGUGAGAACGGGAAAAAACAAAAAUCGCACAUGCACGGGCCAUACUGCUGGAUUCACGUGUGUCAGUUACAAUCACACACUUGAAAAUGGUGGAAUUCCAUGGUACAACCGCCUUACUAAUGCUACCGAGCAGCUACAAGAAAUGACAAAAUAUGCCAAAGAAGCUGACAGUCAUCUUCAUGAGUUGGAAGAGUACCAACAUGAGGCAGAGGAAAUAUAUCUUGAGGUGAAACUUGGUGGUGAUGCGGAGCUAUGGAAAAGUAGCCAAGGUAAGGGUGAUGAUGAAGGUGGCAAUGCUGAAGUAAAUAAUGAUGGACUUACUCAUUUGAAUGUGGAAACUGGGGGGUUUACAUUAUUAAUUUUAUCUCUUAUUUGUGUGUUUUAG